AUGGACCACUUUCCGCGCUUCAGGCGCAAGAAGGACGUCGCCAUGCCUGCCAUCAUUACUUCUGCUACCAGAGCUGAUCUUACCAGCAAGGCGACGCCUUCUCCAUCCGAUCUCCAGCCCCCUUCUCCAAUGCGCACAGCACGAAAGCUCAGUCCAUUCCGAGUCUUCCAUCGCUCCUCUGGAAAACGGGCCCGUGACUCGCCGCCUGCCUCGCUGCCGCACUCGCCCGCCGCCGCCGCCGUCUUAGCCCCGGACAGUGCCACGGAUCGCCCAGUCUCGCCAUUGUCGCUUCGGAUAGAUACAACAGGGGAAGAAGAGUCAAGGGCUGGGAAUCCCCAGAGGAUUCCUGCAUUUCUUGAUCUGACCGAGCAACAAAUCGAGAGCAAAUUCGUAGAACUGGUUUGGCUCGAACGCAACCGCAUGGUGCAGUCAAUAACUAAUCCCUCGCCUGAUUUCCGCUGGGCACGCGUAUCGGGUCAUCAUCUCAAGACAUUGGACAGGUACAUGAACAUACAGCCAUGGCACAACAACCGAAUAAAACUGCGGGUCCCCGACGGUCAUAUCGACUACAUCAAUGCGUCCCCGAUAACACUUACGCCAUCACCUCGCCCAGCAACUGACGCUCCUGCAGGAGAGGUGCGAGAGCCUGACCGCUACAUCGCCAUGCAAGGCCCCAAACAAGCGUCUAUCGACCAUGUAUGGCGCAUGAUAGUCGAGCAACUGGAAAGCCCCGGGGUUAUAGUGAUGUUAACAGAGACACACGAUGGUCACACGGAAAAGUGCGCUCCUUAUUUCCCUCGCCAUCAGGGUGACCCCCCACUUGAAAUCAACCAGCAUGACGAGUUCGGCGAUGGAUUUCGGGCCACAGUGCGCUGCGAGGGCAUUGAGGAAACGCCGGCUGGGGAUGCGAUCGAGUUGCGGAAACUGGUUAUUCGUGUGCAUCGGCGAAGCAGCGGCCCCCCGGCUCGGAUGGCUGAGAAUGAGCGGCACAGAAGCGGCAGCGCAACCCCAGAGCCAGCUCAGGCCGGAGAGACAGAUGUGGAUCUUGAUGUUAAGAUGAAGUCGCCUUUGGGGGGGCCCGAGCAGCCAGAGUCUGAAACAGCAUAUGCCAAGGCUUCUUCAAAGCACAACAUCAUCGCAUCUCAAGAUGCAGGGGACCAGAGCUUUGAGGAGGAGCGCAUUGUAUGGCACUUUUUGUACAAAAAGUGGCCCGACUUUGGAGUGCCUGCACUGCCGGAUCUCGAAAGUUUUUUUACACUAAUGCGACUCUCCCGAGAAAAGAACGCCGGACCCCACAAUCCCCGGGUUGUGCAUUGCAGUGCCGGGGUAGGGCGUAGCGGCACAUUCAUUGCGCUCGAGCACCUGAUUCGGGAGUUGGACGCUGGGGUACUGGAGCAUUACGACGAGCGGGUUACUACACCGUCGCCUAUUUCCGGACAUUCGAUAGACGGGCAAGAAAAAGGGGCUAGCGGCGAUGAAUAUAAUGCGUCACCAACGACGAUAAGAGAGGAGCAGGGCGAGGAUCUCAUCUUCUCCACUGUCAACCAGCUACGCGAGCAGCGCCGUACAAUGGUGCAGGCAGAGAGCCAGUAUCUUUUCAUCUACCAGGUGCUGCGCAAACUGUGGCAGGACAAGUAUGGCGGUAGUAGCAACAGCGGGGAGAUGGGCGAACGAGCGGCUAAGAGGCUAGAAGUCGAUCCCUUUAUCGCCGACUGA